GUACACACACUGGACCCCUGUUGAAUGGUACAUUCCGGGUUUGAGGCUCUGUGUAAACACGAAGGACGCUCCACUUUCGCUUUCUCCGUUUACGAAUGUAAACUUGAGGUGGAUAAAGAAACAAAUAACGCUGUUUAAAGCGGAUUGAAAGUAAACCUGGUCGAUGUGAAAGCCUUGUGAGCAGUAGUGCUAAUUUAGGUUAUGGCGUUUCAACUAUCCAAACUCGCGGCUCGUGUUUCAGUGUCCGUGUUGACUCGUGUUUUGGAAAAGCAGAAGGUCUCGCGCGGUGUGGACUUCAGUCUGUUUCACACUGUUGUCAAUUCCCCGCCGUGCGCGAGCCGAGCUAUAAAUAUAUCCGCGCGCUCGGAGAGGUUUUCCAGCUCCUCUGCGAGCUCGAAGUGGCGCGCGUGGAGCCGCGAUCGCGUGUCCAGAGGCGCGUUCAGUCGGAGGCGCUCGCUCGCGGUGCUGCUCGGAACUGUCGGUGUCUCCGCCGCCGUGCUGAGCUCGAGCGCAGUUUGCGCCAUGGCCGCGCGCUCACCUCUCAACUUAGACUCGGACAAAAGUGACUGGAAAGAGGUGAAAAAGGAGCUUCUGUCCAUGAGCCUGAAGGAGAGGAGAGAGAUGUACAGGACAGACUACAUCUCCUUGGACCAGGUUCCUGUCUGGAAGCACUCGGGUACCGCGUCUGCUAAGCCUCUUUACAAGGCCAACGAUGAACUGAAUCAGAAGAUCUCUCUCUUCCGAGGUGACAUCACCAAACUGGAGAUAGAUGCACUUGCCAAUGCAGCCAACAAGACCCUGCUGGGUGGAGGAGGGGUGGACGGAGCCAUCCAUCGUGGGGCAGGUCCUCUCCUGAGGAAGGAAUGUUCCACUCUGGGAGGGUGUGAAACCGGAGAGGCCAAGAUAACUGGAGCAUACGGCCUGCCAGCCAAAUACGUUAUUCACACCGUGGGCCCAAUAGCUCACGGCACUGUGGGAGAAACGGAGAGACGAGCGCUGCGAGACUGUUAUUAUAACUGUCUGCGCACGGCGACUGAGAACCAGCUGCGGACAGUGGCUUUUCCCUGUAUCUCCACUGGAGUGUAUGGAUACCCACCUGAGCAGGCAGUGGAAGUGGCUCUGAAGACAGUAAGAGAAUACCUGGAGGACAACCCUGCGCAGAUGGACCGGGUCAUUUUCUGCGUUUUCCUCAAGUCAGAUGAGGAUUUGUACAAGAGCAGACUUCCUGCCUACUUUCCACAAGCCUGCUGACCAAUCAGAGAGGCCGUUGUGAGGACAGAUGCGUUUCCUAAAAGCAAAUUAUGAGUGGAUGUAACUGCGUUGGAUGCCUCACUCAUCGCCUGCUCCUGCUUCCCCAGCGUCUGCCCUGCCAGCAACACCUACUGAUUAUUUUUGAAUCCACUGAUUUUUAUUUUGAUCGCAUGCGUCGUAUAAUUUCUUAUCGCUCAAUCCAGUUUUCUCUGAACUACUGUGUUGAUGAUCAAAGGAUAGCUUUUUGGCGUUGCACUAAAGAGGACUGCCAUCACACACACAGCGUAUCAAGCAAACAAAAUGACAAGUGUUUCAUUAUUUCUCUGAUGUCAAUACUGUUGUAAUCAGGAAUCCAAAAAUGUUCUGUCCAUACACGUCAUUUCUGAUAAAUAGGAUUUUACUAGAAUGUUGUGGAUCAGGGGUAAUCAAUCUUAUCCACAAUGCCUUCAAGUUUUUGUUGAAACCAUGCAGGAGUUACAUCUGAUAUAACUAAUUAAUUGUUUGAAGCCUGAUACCAAAUUAUUGUAUAAUUGGAAUUAAGUAUGUUGCUGCUUAUUUGGAAUGUAUGCCUACAGUCUCACCAGCCAUUUCCUGAUAAGAUUCAGAGAUCUUGCACAGGUCUGGAAAAGUACUAAAUUUAAAGGCACUCAUUUUCAGACAUGGAUAAGCAUGCACUUUCAAAAAACAUUUUGGAAAAAGUACAGAUAUACUAAAAAGAGGAACUGCAUAUUGAAUGAAACUUGUGAAGUUGUGUCUUCUGUUCAAAUGGUUACAGUUGCAAGAACUUGUCACUAAGUAACUGGGAAAUAUGAAGCCAAAAAUGGACACAAACUAAUAACUGGAGAUUACAAUUUAACUAGCUAUUACAUAUCUAUCGAGUCUUUUAUUUGGACAGUUUAAAGGCACAGUGAUGGUAGAAAUGAGACAAAACAGUCUAGAAUUCUAACAUUUCUCUCAAUAUGUUGGUAGAUUACUAAGAAAGAACAAAGUAACUAAAAUUACACUAUAAUUAUACUUACUAUCUAUUGCUUGUCAUGGCUUCUACCAUAUUGAAAAACCAAAACACUGCAUUACACAUUGUGAAAUUUCGAUUUCUGAAGCAGUAAAUACAAGAGUGGGCCAUUCAUACUGUAUGGGAUUGCCUUGUAACUGUAUUUGAGUGAAGCUUCAGAUCCUAGCCACUAAGGUUCUAAAAUCAAUUGUAUUUAGGCAUUCUUAAUGUAUAUUACAUUUCCUGUUUUACUUUUUAAGUCGAAAAAAAUUGUAACUUAAAAAACUUAAAUUAUGGACAAUGAAAUUUGGAAAGCUCAGGAUUUUUUCUCCCCACAAAGGUAAUAAGUCUGAAAUAGUCUAUCGCUGUUCUAAAGAAAGUACAGAAUUUCAAAAUUUGGGGAAAAGGUAUGAUUUGCACACCAUUAUUUUAAACUACUAUAAUGGAAUUGAACAUUAUAAAUAAAAGUAUGUUACUCCACUGAAAAUGAGUUUAAAAAAGAAAUCAGGCAUAUUGCAAGCUAUUCACAGCCGUUCUCACGGGCCAGUGCUCAUAACACUUAACCUACAAUGAAAAUGCACUCUUUCUUCCUUUGCUGUGUAGUUUAUGUAGGUCGCUAUGAUGAAGGAUUCUCAUUAAAACCCAUUCCUACUACUGAAUGAAUGGCCAGUUCUCCUCUUAAUGCAACUUUCAUUAAUUACACCCUGUGCCUCGGUGGUAGCGAGAGGCAAUAGAGCAGCAGCAGCAGAAUCCUUCAAAACAGAGCAAACAUUUUGAAAUAUUGAUUUUAAAUCAAGUGUACAUUAGCCAAACUAGCAGUCACAAGAGAGUCAUUCUUUUAAUGCAGUGCUUUUUGUUUCCACAACAUUUUCUCCACCCAGAGAUUGCACAGUGUCACAUUCUUCUUCAUCUAUAUCUACUCUCUUCUUCCCCUGAGGAGGAAGACAGCGAAUAAGCGCCUGAGAGAGAGGGAUAGUGUAAAGGAGAGUUUGAUGAACUCAUCUGAAGCCGUGUUCAUUUUUAAUAAGCAGUGGGCAGCUCAGGUACUGUCAUCAGAUGAGCCGUGUGUAAUAUGGAACUGAGGAGGAAAAAGAGGGAGGGCAUGAGGGAAUGAAAGAGAGAACGCGCAGGAGAGUAAUUAUCCUAAAUCGAGACUUCAUUGCUGUCCCAUCAGCACUUUCUCUUUCUUUUUCUUUCUUCCCUCUCGUGCUCAGUCUCUUUCUGUCCUGCUUACUGAAGUGUUAUUUAAUUUGCACUACUGGUGUGCUAAAUGCAGGAUAGAGAGCUGCUGACAGAGUAUCUCCUCACUGGAGCUGAGAUGCUCUGAAGUGUUUGCUUCAUGCCAACAACACAGCCAUGGAGAGAGAUAAGAGGACUUCUCUUUUUUUUUUAACCUUUUCCAUCUCAUCUCUUUGGCUCAGCCCCCUUUUUGCUCCCCUUUCUUAGUGAUGUCAUCUUUCUUCUUUUUAGUUUCUGUUUCUGUCACUCUCUCUCUCUCUCUCUCUCUCUCUCUCUCUCUGCCUUUGUUUUUGUGUUUGCACUCCCCGUCCAACUGUGUGUGGCCAUGCAAGUAUAUCCUAGCACUUGGAUGAUGCAGAGCUUAUCUUUGUCUUGCUUCUGGUCCUCACUGUGUGUUUCUCUUUCACCUGUGUGUGAAGUAAUAUAGUUGAAUACUGCAUCCUGCAUAUUGCAUUAUACACUGUAUAGUACAUAUUGUUCCUUGUGGUAGUAUGUAGUAUUUGAGGAUUAUUAUUUGUUAUACUAUACAUGUGACUACCUUUCAAGCAUAUUCUGAGCAAGCACUUGCCCCACAGUUAGUUAGCGGAGAAAGACUUUAGCCUUAAUUUGCAAACACAUGGUAAGAAAUAGAGUAACACACCUAGCCAACUAGCAUAAAUUGAAUUUUGUAUCAGAGUAACUGGCAGAGUUAAGAAUUACAGAGCUUCUGAUGACAAAUAUUAAUAUUAAGCAUUAAGUUGUUAACUGACAUAGCCACAACAAAGAGUAAAAUCUCCUAAACUUAGAAGCUCUUUAGCCAUUGCUAAUGGUUGUCGGUUAGCAUUAGGUUAUCCACAUAGGCAGUACAUUGUCUACAUUAGGUACAUUUGUGGUGAUCUGUAUUUAGAACAUUUAGAUUAAAAAGUACCACACAGUACAACCAUUUCCUUUACUUGUACAGUUGCAGCCAUUUUUUUUUCCCCCAACCAGUUUUCCAGCUUUCAUUUUGACAGUGAAGUGACCGCAUUGCAUUGUGGGAUGCAAUACACCACAGACAUUGUGCAUUCAAAUGGAACUGAUGAAUUUGUGCUAUAUAUGUGAAUGCAAAUACACAAUAAAGGUAAUAUGUAUUGGCCAAUAAAGUGGUACAUGUAAUGACAAAACCUGGAACCAUGGAACCUAGCUAAUAAUCAAAGCUAAUGAUUUAGCUAGCAUGUAGCCUUUUAUUUGCACAAUGUAAAGGAAUAGAGGCUGUAAAAGCUGGACUUAACUUCCAGAAAUAAAAAUAAUUUCCAUUAGAGGUGCUGGCAAAUUACUAAUAAAACAUACAACUGUAAUUACGCUGUAAUUACAGUUACCACAAACAGAAUGUUCAGGGGUUUUGCCAUUUUGAGAAACAUAAAUAUUAACUCACAACCUGUGAACUCAGUGCUAUCAGAAGAUUUUGGUUUCCAAAGUGGUGAAAAUGAGUAGAGCGACCAGUUACGACCUGAAAGCCAAUGUAGUAAUAUGAUGUGUUCAAAUGAAACUUGUGAAUUCCUGCUUCUAACACGAACACAUGACACUCUCAUUAUUUAAGUGGUUAAAGAACAAUUGCCAAAUAUGGACGCUGAUAUAUUAGCUAGCUAAUGACUGAGGCUCAGGCCCGCCAACCCUUACACAUUCUUAAUUUGUAAGUUGUCCAUUAAAAAUACACCAAAAGAGAAGUCUUCUUUUAUCCCCCCAGUAAAAACAGCAGAUAAGGCAAUCGACAAUUCUGAACUCUCCGAUAUUAACUCCGACAAUCCGUGGAAGCCCCGCCCUCUUCUCCCCUCUCUAAUCAUUACUAAUCUUCAAGCUGGUGUAUCUUCAGCGUAUGUUUGACUCCCUAUUAUUAGACAAGUAUAUAGUUAUUAGUUAACCAAAUAUUUACUAGGGAUCCCACCAAAAAGGGGCCAAAAAAGGGUUAAAAAAAUGCAGACACGCUCAGAUGGUUUGAGUAGCAGAUCAACAGUGAAAAUGGCUGGCGUGUGGAAGCAUUUCACAGGUGCUACCAAGGACAUUAGACAUUUUGCCAAAUGAUUUAUAUAGAAAAUGUACAGUGAUUUUUUUUUUUUUUCCCUACUGUGUUUUUACUACGCCUCUCCCACGCCGCCUUCUUAGGCAGGACUAUGCAUUAUUUCUCUUUAGGGUUUGCAUGUCUAGAGGCUGUUGAUUUAGCUACCUAGCACAAAGCCACUAAGUUUUUUUAAACAAACAGUGUAAAGGAACAAUGAGAGUGAAAACAUGAUAAAAUUAAUGAACAUGACCUUUUCAUUCAGAAAUGUUGCACAACAAAAACUAUGGAGUAAAUACAACAUAUUUUUGUGGUUAGAACUCUGAAGUGGCAGCUAUCAGGAAAACUUCAUUGCUAAGAGUUAAUGACUACCAGAAGAUUCGUUCACAUGGAAUUUUCUUGUAAAAAUAGUCAAUAGAAUUUAGCUACAUAUUCAGAAAUUCGACUUGAGCAGGUAUAUUUAUCACACUGCAAAUAUUCAUGUUGCUUGCUUAUUGCAUACUACAUACUUUUUCACUUGGGGUUUAGUAGGAGUAGGAUGCUAUUUUGAAAAACCGCCUGGGUCUUGUAACCUCCACCAGUUUAGCUAGAUGGCCACCACAGUGCACACCUGACUUAACUGAAGAAAGCCUUGAUAAUUAGCUGACAUCAGGUGUGUGGAGCAGGAAAGCCAUUAACGUUGCAGUGUUGGACACCUUCAGGGUGAGAGGUUGUGAUUUUUUUUUCAAGCUAAAAUUGACCAGAGGCCUACAAUGCAAUCAAAAAUGUGGGAAAAAGAAAAUAGACCUUGUGAGCUAGCCGGAGAGAGUCACGCUCAUCGCAGCUGUCUGUGUGCGUGUGGACAAGCAGUGUUUGGUGUUGUAGGUGAAGUUGAGGGGUGAUGUUUAUGGAUGCUGAUGGAGAGGGCAGAAAGGUUGUGUGUGAGGGGGUUGUAAACUGCUAGUGAAAUGAAAAUGGCUCUUUAGCAGAAGCCAGGACGCUCCACUGCCCCCACAAUCAAUGUGUUGAUUUACUACCUGAAAGCCUGUCAAACCAAGAGAGAAGUCUGUGUGUGUGUGUGUGUGUGUGUGUGUGUGUCAGUUUGGGGUGACAAGGAGUUCAACAAGGUGAGAGUGAGAUUGAGGUAAGAUUUAGAUAGCUAGUUAUGAAGAUAUGACCAUUUUCAUUAUAAAAUUUCACAACUCAAUUUAUGCAAGAUUGUGACAUGUCCAAGUACAUGAAAUGAAGUGCUGAGUUUAGUCGAAUAAGAAUGCCACACCUAACACCUAACCCUUUUCUUGCUUUUCCUUUAGCAGUUUCUUAUUAAGUGGGUUAUAUGUCUACGUCUAAGCUGUAUACUAUGAUAGGCUUGAGAUGAAUUGGUGUUAGUGAAGUGCUGCUGUCUUCCUAACAGCGCACUGUGUUUCUACCUGCUGUGUUUCUCACACUGAAUUGUCUAAUAAAAUAUUAAUCUUGUUUA